AUGGAUUUGAGAGUCGGAAGAAAAUUUCGCAUUGGCAGGAAGAUUGGGAGUGGUUCUUUUGGGGAUAUUUACCACGGAACUAACUUAAUUAGUGGUGAAGAAGUAGCGAUCAAGCUGGAAUCGAUCAGAUCCAGACACCCUCAAUUGGACUAUGAAUCCCGUGUCUACAGAUACUUGAGUGGUGGCGUAGGGAUUCCCUUCAUCAGGUGGUUUGGCAGAGAGGGUGAGUAUAACGCGAUGGUCAUUGAUCUCCUAGGCCCAUCUUUAGAGGAUUUGUUUAACUACUGUCACAGAAGGUUUUCCUUCAAGACGGUUAUUAUGCUCGCUUUACAAAUGUUUUGCCGUAUCCAGUAUAUACAUGGGAGGUCGUUCAUUCACAGAGACAUCAAGCCGGACAAUUUUCUAAUGGGAGUAGGACGCCGUGGCAGCACCGUUCAUGUUAUUGAUUUCGGUCUUUCGAAGAAAUACCGAGAUUUCAACACACAUCGUCAUAUUCCUUACAGAGAAAACAAGUCCUUAACUGGUACAGCUCGUUAUGCAAGUGUCAACACACAUCUUGGAAUAGAGCAAAGUAGAAGAGAUGAUUUAGAAUCACUAGGUUAUGUCUUGAUCUAUUUCUGUAAAGGUUCUUUGCCAUGGCAGGGGUUGAAAGCAACUACUAAGAAGCAAAAGUACGACCGUAUCAUGGAAAAAAAAUUGAAUGUCAGCGUGGAAACUUUAUGCUCAGGUUUACCUCUAGAAUUUCAAGAAUACAUGUCCUACUGCAAGAAUUUGAAAUUUGAUGAGAAACCAGAUUAUUUAUUUUUGGCAAGGCUGUUCAAAGAUUUGAGUAUCAAGCUAGAGUAUCAUAAUGAUCACUUGUUUGAUUGGACGAUGCUGCGUUAUACAAAAGCAAUGGUGGAAAAGCAAAGAGACCUUCUCAUCGAAAAAGGUGAUUCAAACGCUAGUAACAAUGCUGCAACUUCAAGCAGUAACGCAGACAAUAAGUCCGAGACCUUCAACAAGAUUAAGCUUUUAGCGAUGAAGAAGUUCCCUACUCAUUUCCACUACUACAAAAAUGAAGACAAACACAAUCCGUCACCGGAAGAGAUUAAACAACAAACCAUCUUGAAUAAUAACGCAGCCUCUUCUUUACCGGAAGAGCUAUUGAAUGCACUAGAUAAAGGUAUGGAAAAUUUAAGACAACAACAACCGCAGCAACAAGUUCAAAGUUCACAGCCACAGCCACAACCGCAGCACCAACAAUCACAACUACAAUCUGGUGGUCAAAGACCAAAUUACUAUCCUGAGCCAUUAUUACAGCAACAACAAAGGGAUUCUCAGGAGCAGCAGCAGCAAGUUCCGAUGGUAACGACCAGGGCCACUCAGUAUCCUCCGCAAAUAAGCGCCAAUAAUUUUAAUACUAAUCAAGCAUCUGUACCUCCUCAAAUGAGAUCUAAUUCACAGCAACCGCCUCAAGAUAAGCCAACUGGCCAAUCGAUUUGGUUGUAA